AUGUCUUCGUCCCAGGUACUCCAGCGCAGUGGAGUAUACAACUACUUACUCAACAUGGUGGCCUAUCAGAUGUGCUGUUGUUGUGGUCCAGCUCCCUGCUCUUUCUGCUGUUCCUGUUGCCCGUCCGUCAAGUCGUCUACAACCACACGGCUCAUGUACACACUCUUCCACAUCCUGGCGUGUACUGUUUCCUGCCUCAUGUUAUCCAAGACUGUGUCUGACACAGUUAAAGAAAAUGUGCCUUUUUUUAACCUGUUGUGUGACCGCACCCAUGAUGGGGACUGUGACGUACUCGUGGGGUACUCCGCAGUCUACAGAGUGUGCUUUGGAACUGCUGGCUUCUACCUGAUGAUGGCAGUCUUCCUCAUCGAUGUCAGGUCCAGCCAAGACUUCCGAGCCCUCAUCCACAAUGGGUUUUGGCUUCUGAAGUUUAUUGUCCUGGUGGCAAUGUGUACUGCUGCCUUCUUCAUUCCAACUGAUUCAUUCUUACAUGCCUGGCACUACAUUGGCGUGGUUGGGGGUUUCGCCUUCAUCUUGAUUCAGCUUUUCCUUAUCACGGCAUUCGCUCACACCUGGAAUAAGAACUGGUUGACAGGUGCAGCAGAAAACAGGUGCUGGUACCUGGCCAUCCUACUGGCUACCCUUUUUUUCUACGGCAUCACCACCUCUGCCUUCAGCUUCAUGUACAAGUACUACACACACCCUGCCGGCUGCAAGCUCAACAAAGUCCUGCUGUUGAUCAACCUCGGCUUGUGUGUUGUCAUGUCGUUCAUCGCUAUCACACCCUGCGUUCAGAGGAGGCAGCCGCGCUCUGGUCUCCUCCAGGCAUCCAUCAUCAGCUGCUACGUUAUGUACCUCACCUUCUCUGCCCUCUCCAGCAGACCCCCAGACAUUGUGGAGUAUCAGGGCAUGAACAUGACCGUGUGUCACCCCAACAUUGGCCAAGAUGGAAUCCAGAAGGAGGGCAAUGCAGUAGCUGUCAUCGGGGCUGCCAUCAUGUACUGCUGCGUGCUGUUUGCCUGUAAUGAAGCCUCCUACCUGGCAGAAAUGUUUGGUCCCUUCUGGAUGAUCAAAGUUUAUCGCUAUGAGUUCAAGAAAGCCACCUGCUGUUUCUGCUACCUGGAACAACCGGUAGUUGAGGAACACGUUGAGGUUUUUCAGGUGGAUGAAGCCAAUAAAGGGAGCCAGAGGGUCAUUCACAAUGAGAUCCAACGUGUCGCCUACAGCUACUUCUUCUUCCACUUUGUCUACUUCCUGGCCUCUCUCUAUGUGAUGAUGACGCUCACCAACUGGUUUAGCUACGAGUCAGCAGUGCUGGAAACCACCUUUACCCAGGGCAACUGGUCCACCUUCUGCGUUAAGCUGAUCUCCUGCUGGGCCUGUGUCCUGCUCUACCUGGGUCUGUUGUUGGGACCCACGUGUUGCUGCCAAUCGGGGCCACCAACACGGCCGCGCCGCACCCGUAUCCGCGGGCGCUCUCGUCCCAUCACCGUCAACGUGUGA